GCAAUGGACUGUGACAUAGCCUCUUAUCAUGUCGAAUCCUUCAAUUAUCUGGCAGAGGAAGGUGUCCAUCUUGCCGCGCAGUCAGUGCCGAAGGAGAAGUUCCGAUUACCAUCUGGAGAAGCUGUUGAGUUGAGCUAUACCGGUGCAUCGUUGGCGAUGCCCACACUUGAAGGAGGGUCAAACAAGCUAUCGGUCAUUGAUCAGUUACGAGUUCUGCCUUCCGAAUGCCGACAAAGAGGUAUAACUUAUGCUGGAAAUUUGAAGGUUGGGAUAGAGGUGAGCACAGCAGAGGAUCAGAAUAAAUGGUCAACGCGUUGA